AUGUCCCGGCGAGGCGCGGCGGGCCCCGGCACAGUGCGGUGCCGUAAGCCGGGCGCCGCAAAGUUCUCCAAGUGGCGAACGCUGCUGGCGCUUGGCUUCCCCCGACAAUACGGGGCACUGGGCCUUGGUAGCGAGAUGGGGUGGCCGGCGCCCCCAAGGGGCGUGGGCAUUGGAUUCCCCAGCACGGGAAACCGGGCACUCGACCGUGAAACUUAUUGGUCGAUAGCGUUUAUUUUCCACUACAGCCUCGCCGUUCGGGCGCUUUACCCAUUAAAAAACGCGCCUUAUUUGAAGGCGCUCGGCUUCGCCAACCCAAUAAGCAGCGACCGUAUCACGGGGAAGCCCGAACAAAGCCGGACCUGGUGCCGCAAUUGUGGAAAUUUUGGUUUCCCAAACAAAGAACUUGGUGCCAGACCUUGGCGUCGCGUUGGGGCAAUUCCAAGCAACCACUGCGCCGAACACGCAAACAAGGUCACCAUGUGUGGCGCAGGGGUGGGUGAAAGAAAAAACACGCAACGAACGGCCCGAACACGGUUCCGACCAACCCCCCAAAAAGCGACGUUCCCAACCGAACCACAACGAAUCAACCAACAACGGUUCCGCUACAUAAGAUACAUCAUCUACAGAAUAGUCUCUAUACAUCUUUUCUCAUAA